CAGUGACUUUGUAAAUUUUAUACCACCAUCCAUGAGAUAGUAAUAAUUAAGGAAAUGUCUGUAGGAAAAUAACAGUACAAACUGUAAUUGAAUUACAUUAACCUAAUCACUUCUUCCUCAUCUCUCACAAAUGAGGUCACAAGUUGGUUUACCAAGUUAAUGGCUACUGUACUUUUUGUUACAGUUACUCUGGGGAUGCCUGUUCCUUGAAGAAGAAUGACAAGGAUGGCAACAGCUGGCACUGGCUGUCGCGGACUGAAAGUGGGAUGACAAAGAGAACUGCACACUCGGCAGUCUACGUCAACCACACUGACUCUCUAUAUGUGUUUGGAGGAUAUGAUCUGAAUAAAGUACUAGGUUUACUCGAAGUUUACAAAUUUUCUACUAGUCAAUGGUAUGAUGAGAAUGGUAAAGUUUUACGAAGAUAUCCCACUAAUGAGGAAAAUGACAAGUCAUUAUUAAAACUAUUUAAACAGGAAAACAUAGACGGCAGUUUGCAACUAGGGAACGGUUCGUCGCUGUUCCACCGGGUGCUGUCGUCGAUAUCCCACGAGAAGGCGUUGAAGAACACUCCAUUCUUCAUGUACUCCCACUCGCCGACGCCCUACUCCGACAGCUACCUGCACUUCACUGACCCGCCGCUGCUGAGGAGUGAGGUGGAACCCGGGAAUAUGACGAAGCCGGAGCCGAGAUACGGGCACUCAGCGUGCUCCUUCGGGCCGGGCUUCGUCCUAUACGGCGGGAAGCUGUCUGACGGCACCCUGUCCUCAGAGCUGUGGCUGUACGACGCGACGCGAGGCGUCUGGUCGCAGCGUGCAGUCAACUCGAGCUACACGCCGCCCGGGCUGACAAGACAUACGUUGACAGCGGUUGGAGAUGAGUUGUAUCUGUUUGGCGGGAGUACGACUGAGGGAGAGUUUUCUUCAAGCAUGUUCAAGAUCAAGCUGACCAACAUAUCAACGGAGACCUGGGAGCCAGUAUUACCUCGCGGCGGGAAGGAGCUAGAUGUGCGAGUCGUGGCCCACACCGCCGUGUACCAUAGCUACUCGCACUCUAUACUUGUCUAUGGAGGGGUCGUGGCUAGUGUUGCCAGGUUCUCCAAGCUAUCAGACCGGAUGUUCGCGUUCGACAUAGAGAACAAGCACUGGAGCGAGGUGCACUACCCGCGCGCGCACCUGAGAGACACCUACGUGCCGCGGGAGAGGGCCUUCCACACCUCCACCAUCAUAGGCAACUACCUAGUGGUAUUCGGCGGCUACUCGCAUCGCCACAACCGCGAAGAGAUCUGCUACGACACGCAGAUGUACAUCUACCACCUGGGCUGCCACGCCUGGAUCCCUCUAGACGUCCUGGGGAAGACUAGGAAGUUCUACCCGAAGAGGCAAGGGGUUUUUGCACAUGCGGCCGCUUUGAGGCCGCCGAGUACUCUGUUGAUUGCCGGAGGGUACCAUGGGAAUGUUAACGGUGACCUGCUAGCCUUCGUAGUGCCCCCCUGGCAGGGCGGCAUCACGGCGGGCGAGCCCGAGGCGGCGUGCCCGCGCCACCGCGCGCAGCCCGAGUGCCUCGCCGACCCCGAGUGCGGCUGGUGCUCUGCUGACGAUAUCUGCUACGGGCGCACAAUCGGCUCCAACUGCACCACCAACCUCCAAUCACUUCGCUGCGGCGGCAUCUGCCCGGCGCUCGGCGACUGCCACUCGUGUCUCAUCCACGGGGCAGCGGGGGGGCGGGGGAGGACCCCCCUCCCGUCUGUCAGUACGAAGCUGCAUCUGCAUGAAUGUAGCUGGUGCGUGCAGAACGCUAGGUGCCAUCAUAAAGACGACAACUACGGCGUAUGCGGCGAGGACACGCCGUCGCAGUCGCCGGGGUGGUGGGGCGCGGCGGGCGUGGAGGUGACGUCACCCGGGCAGUGCCGCGAGCAGGACCGGCGGCCCGGGCUCGUGCUGCUGCGCUACCAGCAGCCCGCCGACCCGGCCCGUCCGGACAGCGUGGCCGUCGUCAACGCCACCGCCGUCGACUGGGGCACCGGCGGCGGCAGCAACAACAUCUUCAGCGGGGCCAGCGAGGCCCGACUCCGCGGCUGGCUUCACAUACCACAACACUGGAACGGCACUGGAGAAACCCUCCACGUUUGCGCCGGAUACGCAAACAUCACUUUAACUCUCGGUGAUGUGACACAGUCCGUGGCCAACGUGUCGAACGCGGCGUCCGGGUGCGCGGGCCUGUCCUGGGCGGCGCCCCCGCCCGGCCGCCUGGCCGUCGACAUGCGGGCCAAUGACUCCCUGCACACCGGACUGUACCCCUCGCACCACCACGCCAGGAUGGAGCUGCUGCAUAACAAGUCACAGGAGACUGCUAAGGUGUUCACGUUUGAGUUCCUGGAGCCGUACUCGGGCGGCGAGUGCUCGCUGUACGACAACUGCCUGCUGUGCCUGGCGGACGCGGGCUGCGGCUGGUGCGAGCUGACGGCGCGCUGCGAGCCGCGCGCGGCGGACGAGCGGGCCGCGUGCCGCGCCGGCGCGCACUGGCGCUACCUGACGCUGCAGCCCGCCGCCUGCCCCAACUGCUCCAACCACAUCGAGUGCGCGCGCUGCGUGGACGCGGGCUGCGAGUGGUGGGCCGAGGAGGCGCGCUGCGCCCGGCGGGGGCGCGCGGCCGGCGCCGUGCUGGACCCCGCGGCGUGCCCCGCGCCCUGCCGCCAGCGCGCCUCCUGCGCCGCCUGCCUCGACGAGCGCGGCCGCUGCGUGUGGUGCGAGGCCACCAAGCAGUGCUUCAGCUUCAGCGUCUACACCAGCGAGUACCAGUUCGGCGCGUGCCGCGAGUGGCUGGACCGCGCCGCCGCCCCCGCGGCCCCGGCCCCCGCCCCCGCGCCCGCCGCGCAGUGCGAGCCGUGCGCCGCGCACGCCACGUGCGCCGCGUGCCUGCGCGCGCUGGGCUGCGGCUGGUGCCACUCGCAGGCCAACCCCAUCGCGGGGCGCUGCACGGCCGGCGACUACCGCGCGCCCCACGCCGCCUGCGCCGCGCUGCUGCCGGGCGCGCCCGACCCGCGCUGGGCCUACAGCACGUGCCCCGACGUGGACGAGUGCCAGCUGGGCCUGCACGACUGCCACGCGCACGCCACGUGCAACAACACGCACGGCUCCUACACGUGCCGCUGCCGCCAGGGCUACAUCGGCGAUGGGCGCAAGUCCUGCAUGCGCACGUGCUACAACACGUGCGUGCACGGCUACUGCGUGGGCGCGCCGCAGUUCGCGUGCGCGUGCGACCUGGGCUGGACCGGCGCCGACUGCUCCAUCGACUGCGGCUGCCACAACCACAGCACGUGCCGCGCGGGCGUGGGCCGCUGCGACGCGUGCCAGGACUGGACCGAGGGCGAGUUCUGCGCCAGCUGCGUGGCGGGCUCGCACGGGGACGCCACGCGCGGCGCGGGCUGCCGGCGCUGCGACUGCCACGAGCACGGCGACGCGGCGCGCGGCGUGUGCGACCCCGCCACGGGCGACUGCUACUGCCGCGACAACACCGAGGGGCAGAACUGCGAGCGCUGCCGGGACAAGUUCUACGGCGACCCGCGGCACGGCGGGCGCUGCUACUACCGCUGCGAGCCGCGCGGGCUGCUGCCGGCCGCCAGCAGCGGCGGCAUCGGCUCCUUCCGCUCCGAGCCGCUGUCCGCGCCCGCCGCCGAGUGCCUGUGGAUCAUCGAGGCCUCCGAGCGCGACGCCGUCAUCCAGUUCAGCAUGAAGGAGAGCACGCUGGCCGUGCCGUGCGACCAGAACGCCGUGUACGUGUACGACGGGCUGGGCGGCGAGACGGGCGGAGCGGGCGGCGGCGCGGGCGGCUCGGCGCUGCUGGGCGUGUUCUGCUCGGGGGCGGCGCGCGGGGCCGUGCAGGCGCGCUCGGGCACGCUCACCGUGCACUACAAGCAGGGCGCGCCGGGGCAGGGCUUCGAGGGCGAGUACUCGCUGCUGGCGUGCGGCGCGUGCCCGGCGCCGCGCCAGUGCCGCGCGGGGCUGUGCGCCUGCCCCCCCGGCGCCGCGGGCGCGCGCUGCGAGCUGCCCGUGUGCCGCAACAACUGCUCGGCGGCGGCGGGCGGCGGCGCGUGCGACGCGGCCUACGGGCGCUGCCUGUGCGCCGCGGGGCGCGGGGGCGACGACUGCUCGCUGCUGCUGGACGGCUCGCACCUAGUGUUCACGGAGCUGUUCAACUCGGACCUGCUGUCGGAGGGGCUGGACCACCUGCGCAAGACGCUGCCGCGGUUCGGGCACAGCCUGGUGGCGGACCGCCGCGGCCUGUGGAUGUUCGGCGGCUACUCGCUGUCGCACGGGCCGCUCAACGACAUCCGCUUCUUCGACACCAAGAACAACACGUGGAUGCAGGUGACGGUGGAGGCCACGCCGGACGCCGCGCUGCCCGAGGGCCGCUACUUCCACGCCGCCGAGGUGUACCACGCCAAGCAGAACAUCUACGUAUACGGCGGCCUCAGCCUGCAGGAGAAGACGGGCUUCAACAAGACGCUCGGCGACUUCUGGCAGUUCAGCCUGAAGGACCAGCGUUGGGGCGUGGUGGGCGGGCGGGAGGAGCGGCCGCCCGCCCUGGCCGGCCACACGCUCACGCUGCAGAAGUACCAGGAGUACGAGAGCCUGGUGCUGCUGGGCGGCUUCUCGCUGAGCGGCGGCUUCAUGAGCGACGUGUGGGAGUUCGACCUCGACAACGACAAAUGGAUAAAGCUAGAGUGCCAUGGACCGCAGCCUAUCGGCAUCAUUGGGCACAGCACUGUUUAUCACGCACCUUCACAGAGCCUUUACGUAUAUGGCGGGAUUCUUUACGCGUACAACGGUACUGUGCUAUCCAACAAGCUAUUCUCCUUCCACUACCCGACGAAGACUUGGAGCGAGUUGCCGACGUUCCCGAACCUGAACAGCGGGGCUGACGCGCUGCCGCAGCCCGCCUACCUGCACUCCGCUGUCACUACCAACGACUACAUGAUCAUAUUCGGAGGCCGCACCGACCCCAACAACUACAGCUCGGAUUCGCUAAUAGCCUAUGUGUACUCGUGCAACCAGUGGAUUAAACUUUCUAAAGGAGUGAGCAUAAUCGGGCACCCGCCGCCGCCCACCAUAGCUCACGCUAUGGCCAUAGACGUGGAGUCAGACGAGGGCCACAUCUACAUCGUGGGCGGCUGGACCGGCAGCGCGCACUGCCAGGUCACGCGAGUCUCCCUGCCCGAGGACCUCUGCUCUCUGUGGAGCAGCAGCAAGCUGGUGUGUCGCAGCCACAUGGGGUGCAGCUUUUGCAGUGGCGGGAAUUUUACCAAGUGCUAUUCGGUGGACAAGCCCGGCUGCGAAGGCAGCGACCGCGUAUCCACCAACUCAGGCUCCGCUUGCGACGCGGGGCUCGUGGCGCGGCGCGCGUGUGAGAACUACACGACGUGCGCGGCGUGCCUGGCCGCCUGGCCGCUCUACCCGGGGGAGAGGCCCGCCUGCCGCUGGUGCGAGUCUUGCGCCGCCGCCGUGGGCGAGUGCGUGCCCACCGACGAAUCCUGCACAUCCAUCAAAUGCAACGCGGGCACCAGCUACAUCUCUAACGCAGGUCAAUGCCCCGAGCUGCGCUGCGCCGCCGCCUCCUGCGAGGCCUGCGUGUCGCCCCGCUGCACCUGGACACGACACGCUUACAAACAAGGCCAAAUAACGCGAAUAUCCGAGCCCGUAGAACCAGUGGAGAUCUUCAACUGGACGUGUGCCCUCAUAGAGGAGCCGGGGCGGACCAAUCUGCGCCCGAAGACCAAAGACCAGUGUCCAAUGAAGUGCCAUAUGUAUGACGACUGCACAUCUUGCUUGAGCUCAGACGGGGCCGAAGGAGGGUUCUCUGAAUGCCACUGGGCGACGCAUCUCGGGAAGUGCAUAUCGCCAGCCUAUCAACCCGUUUACUGCGCCGGCGGCGUCUGCGGUUUAGUCCUGACUAAAGCGGAUAAGAAUAAGUGUCCCGCCCCGUGUAAUACCUUUAGUCAGUGCUACGACUGUCUCCAUCACUCGCAUUGCGGCUGGUGCGCGAUAGAGGGAGAAAACGGAGAAGGGGUGUGCACGGAAGGGGCUAUAGACUCGCCUUUAGACUACUCUACUAAGACCACUUGCGCCGCAGUGUACUCGAAAGCUAAUCAGCAGGAGAUCGAGGUCAAUGACACCUUCACGUGGCACUACACUCGUUGUCCGCCCGAGAAUGAGUGCGAGAAUGGACAUCAUCAGUGUAAAGAGGAAUCGGAGGUAUGCGUGGACCUGCCCUCCGGCUACGAAUGCGCAUGCGGGGGCGGCUACAAGCGCUCUGACGGCGCAUGCGUGGCAGUCUGUUCACAAGGCUGUGUGCGCGGCGUGUGUCUACACCCGGACGUGUGCCACUGCGACUUCGGAUAUGUCGGCGCUAACUGUAGUAUACAGUGCCAGUGUAAUGGCCACUCUAAUUGUGAAGGCCCGGAUAAGCUGGAUAAGUGUAUCGAAUGCCAUAAUAAUACUAUGGGUAAUCAAUGCGAGAAAUGCAAGCCGAUGUUCGUGGGCGACCCUACAGACAACGGCCAGUGCACGCCUUGUUCCGUCUACUGCCACGGACACACCACUGUCUGCACGAGCGACGUCGACGCCCCGCCCACCUCCCGCGACCCGACCAAUGGCGAGCUAGACGACUUCUACCGCGAGACCGGCCAGCCAAUCAGGGCGCGGUGCGUGCGCUGUGCUAACUACACGGAUGGGCCUAAAUGUGAGCGCUGUAUCGAAGGUUACUUCCGAGGCUCGGAGGAUUUGAAGGAUGCUUGUCGACCUUGCGAGUGCCACGGCCACGGCGACACGUGCGACCCGGUGACCGGCGAGAAGUGCAACUGCGGCAACAACACGGAGAGCGACGCCUCCUGCCAGACCACCUCCUCCAGCAAGAACUCCGCGCAGGAGUGCUGGCGCCACCAGUGCGUGAAGUGCCGCGACCUGUACAUGGGCGACCCGCGCAACGGCCACCAGUGCUACAAGACCAUCAACAUCGAGAACAAGUUCUGCUUCGACGGGAAGAGUAUUGACGAGUGCAAGAUGAAGCCGCGCCCCCUCUUCCCGGGACAAACAGUCUUCGUAGCAGUAAACCCUCGCUACAUGAACGUGGACAUCCGCGUGAUCGUGGACGUGACCAGCGGCGCCGUGGACCUGUUCCUCAGCCCCAACGACAGCUCCUUCGUGGUCUCCGUCAACGCCAGCACCGGCGCCCACGCCGUGGAACUAGACCCAAGUUACUACAAACACGAGCCGUUUAGGAAAAUGCCGUCGUUUGAUGAUGAAUACCCGGAGAAGAAGUCACGAAUGUCCUGGUAUUAUGAGAAAACGGAGUAUACCCUAGCGGAUUACAAAGCUAAAGAUCUGGCGACCUAUGUCACGGUUGAUAGGAGGAAUAUCUUGUUAAGAGUCAGGAAUCUGAAGAACCGCCUAGUGCUGACGUUGCCUCAGAAUGUUCAUGACCUGACUCACACGAAGUUCUACAUUAUUCUGCGCGCUCUGCCCUCGGAAGAAGGCGCGGCGACGUAUGGCCUGGUCUUCUUCCGUCAAGACCAGCUGCACAUAGACUUGUUUGUGUUCUUCUCGGUGUUUUUCUCGUGCUUCUUCCUGUUUCUGGCGGCGUGCGUGGUGGCGUGGAAGGCGAAGCAAGCGGCUGAUGUGCGCCGCGCCAGGCGGAGACAUGUUGUCGAGAUGUUGCACAUGGCGAAGCGUCCGUUCGCGGCGGUGACGCUGGUGCUGAGCGGCGCGACGCCGGCGGCGGGGCGGCGGCGGCGCGCGCCCGACGUGAGGCCCGUCGCCAUCGAGCCCACAGGGGACGGGCUGGCGGCUGUCACUACCGUGCUUGUCAGACUACCAGGCGGGUCCCGCGCACCAGUGCGCAUGUCGCUAGCAUCGUCCCUGGUGCUGGUGGCGCGCGCCCCGCACUCCCGCCCCCGCGCGCGCCGCUCCGCCCCCGCGCACGCCCUCGCGCCGCCCCCCGACCACGCCACAUAGCUACACACGCUGUGAGAGAGGGGUAGUCUCUAGAGGUCUUUGUAGUUACAUGAUUAGGGAGUAUUACUACAGAUAUCACACUAUUGUGGUGUUGUCAGCUAAAAUACGCUAAAAAGCACAAAUUGAUUACCAGUAAGCUUCUGUUAAAAAGAAGAAAAGUGGGAUAGUUUUAUUGGCCGUGUCGCCCGCUACAGAUCAAAAAGGCCAAUUAAAGAUGUUUAUGUAUUUUGUGUAAUGUAUAUUGUUUGGAAAACAGCUCAGAUGAUUAUGCUCAUAAAAGUAUUGUAGGGUUUGGUUUACUUUAAAAUGUGAUUACGUCGGUAAAUUCAAUGAUGCGAUAUUAUUUUUUAAAGUACAAUUAAUAUUUAUUUUUAUAUGGUUCUAUAAUAUUUAACAGAUUUUAUGCGGCUUAUUUUGCAUAAAUAUUUCGCAUCAGCUGCAUUAUAAAUAAAUAAAUGUAGUGAUGUUUGCCAUAAUAUGAUUACCUUAAAACGAGUGCUAUAAUGAUAAAUUUUAAUUGCACAAUUUUAUUUUAGUUCGCAUAUAUUGCGAUUAGCAACUAAUGGGUUUAUUUAAAUGUCAAAACUUCUAAAAGAAUAGUUUAUCUUGUUUUA